AACACGUACGUGUCAAACUCUGAGAACGAGGAGGAAGUUGUAGUCACCAGAGACCCGAUCCCCGCCAUCUUCCACAGAAUAGCAACAGGUACGUCUGUUCAUCACACUGUCUGUAGUCUCUCUGCUGUUCUAUCUCUGUUUAUCAGACUGUCUGUAGUCUCUCUGCUGUUCUAUCUCUGUUUAUCAGACUGUCUGUAGUCUCUCUGCUGUUCUAUCUCUGUUCAUCAGACUGUCUGUAGUCUCUCUGUUGUUCUAUCUCUGUUUAUAAGACUGUCUGUAGUCUCUCUGCUGUUCUAUCUCUGUUUAUCCGACUGUCUGUAGUCUCUCUGCUGUUCUAUCUCUGUUCAUCAGACUGUCUGUAGUCUCUCUGCUGUUCUAUCUCUGUUUAUCCGACUGUCUGUAGUCUCUCUGCUGUUCUAUCUCUGUUCAUCAGACUGUCUGUAGUCUCUCUGCUGUUCUAUCUCUGUUUAUCAGACUGUCUGUAGUCUCUCUGCUGUUCUAUCUCUGUUUAUCCGACUGUCUGUAGUCUCUCUGCUGUUCUAUCUCUGUUCAUCAGACUGUCUGUAGUCUCUCUGCUGUUCUAUCUCUGUUCAUCAGACUGUCUGUAGUCUCUCUGCUGUUCUAUCUCUGUUCAUCAGACUGUCUGUAGUCUCUCUGCUGUUCUAUCUCUGUUUAUCAGACUGUCUGUAGUCUCUCUGCUGUUCUAUCUCUGUUUAUCACACUGUCUGUAGUCUCUCUGCUGUUCUAUCUCUGUUUAUCAGACUGUCUGUAGUCUCUCUGCUGUUCUAUCUCUGUUUAUCACACUGUCUGUAGUCUCUCUGCUGUUCUAUCUCUGUUUAUCAGACUGUCUGUAGUCUCUCUGCUGUUCUAUCUCUGUUUAUCAGACUGUCUGUAGUCUCUCUGCUGUUCUAUCUCUGUUUAUCAGACUGUCUGUGUAGCAGAUACUUGGUAUAGGAGAUACGUAGAUGAAUAGACGUCCUAGCUAACUGUAUUGUUUUGUGUGUGUGUGUGUUGUCAACAGAGAUUAGGGUCAAUAAUGACGCCAACUGCUGCCUGUCCAUCAAGUCAAAACUUCAGAUAGACAAGAACCAGGUGAGAUGUACAUCACUGAUUAAUAACACAUUAUAAAGGCUCAUACAGUGAGGGGAAAAAAGUAUUUGGAUUUUGUAAGUUUGCCCACUGACAAAUACAUGAUCAGUCUAUAGUUUUAAUGGUAGGUUUGUUUGAACAGUGAGAGACAGAAUAACAACAAAAAAAUCCAGAAAAACGCAUGUCAAAAAUGUUAUAAAUUGAUUUGCAUUUUAAUGAGGGAAAUAAGUAUUUGACCCCUCUGCAAAACAUGACUUAGUACUUGGUGGCAAAACCCUUGUUGGUAAUCACAGAGGUCAGACGUUUCUUGUAGUUGGCCACCAGGUUUGCACACAUCUCAAUAGGGAUUUUGUCCCACUCCUCUAUGCAGAUCUUCUCCAAGUCAUUAAGGUUUCGAGGCUGACGUUUGGCAACUCGAACCUUCAGCUCCCUCCACAGAUUUUCUAUGGGCUUAAGGUCUGGAGACUGGCUAGGCCACUCCAGGACCUUAAUGUGCUUCUUCUUGAGCCACUCCUUUGUUGCCUUGGCCGUGUGUUUUGGGUCAUUGUCAUGCUGGAAUACUCAUCCACAACCCAUUUUCAAUGCCCUGGCUGAGGGAAGGAGGUUCUCACCCAAGAUUUGACGGUACAUGGCCCCGUCCAUCGUCCCUUUGAUGCAGUGAAGUUGUCCUGUCACUUUAGCAGAAAAACACCCCCAAAGAAUAAUGUUUCCACCUCCAUGUUUGAUGUUGGGGAUGGUGUUCUUGGGGUCAUAGCCAGCAUUCCUCCUCCUCCAAACACGGCGAGUUGAGUUGAUGCCAAAGAGCUCUCACUCUAUAUCAGGAUUUCUCAUCUGACCACAACACUUUCACCCAGUUCUCCACUGAAUCAUUCAGAUGUUCAUUGGCAAACUUCAGACGGGCCUGUAUAUGUGCUUUCUUGAGCAGGGGGACCUUGCGGACGCAGCAGGAUUUCAGUCCUUCACGGGGUAGUGUGUUACCAAUUGUUUUCUUGGUGACUAUGGUCCCAGCUGCCUUGAGAUCAUUGACAAGAUCCUCCCGUGUAGUUCUGGGCUGAUUCCUCACCAUUCUCAUGAUCAUUGCAACUCCACGAGGUGAGAUCUUGCAUGGAGCCUCAGGCCGAGGGAGAUUGACAGUUAUUUUGUGUUUCUUCCAUUUGCGACUAAUCGCACCAACUGUUGUCACCUUCUCACCAAGCUGCUUGGCGAUGGUCUUGUAGCCCAUUCCAGCCUUGUGUAGGUCUACAAUCUUGUCCCUGACAUCCUUGGAGAGCUCUUUGGUCUUGGCCAUGGUGGAGAGUUUGGAAUCUGAUUGAUUGAUUGCUUCUGUGGACAGGUGUCUUUUAUACAGGUAACAAACUGAGAUUAGGAGCACUCCCUUUAAGAGUGUGCUCCUAAUCUCAGCUCGUUACCUGUAUAAAAGACACCUGGGAGCCAGAAACCUUUCUGAUUGAGAGGGGGUCAAAUACUUAUUUCCCUCAUUAAAAUGCAAAUCAUUUUAUAACAUUUUUGACAUGCGUUUUUAUGGAUUUUUUUGUUGUUAUUCUGUCUCUCACUGUUCAAAUAAACCUACCAUUUAAAAUUAUAGACUGAUCAUUUCUUUGUCAGUGGGCAAACGUACAAAAUCAGCAGGGGAUCAAAUACUUUUUUCCCUCACUGUACAUGCUCAUAGCAAGUCAUUAAGCAUUAUAACUGUCAGCAAUUUAAUAUCAGUUUGUAGAGAACUCCUUUCAGUGUGAACUAAUGUGGUAUAAUUGUAUAAUAGUAUGUAAUAUGUGUAACGGUAAAGUAUUAUGUAGUAACUAUAAUAGUAUGUAAUAACUAAUGUAUGUAAUAAUGUAAGAACUUUAUAGUGUGUAAAUGUUAACUGUAUGGUAGUAUGUAAUAACUAUUAGUAUAUAAUAUGUAAUAGUGUAGUGGUGUAAUAGUGGUGUAAUAGUGGUGUAAUAGUGGUGUAAUAGUGUAGUGGUGUAAUAGUGUAAUAGUGGUGUAAUAGUGGUGUAAUAGUGUAGUGGUGUAAUAGUGUAGUGGUGUAAUAGUGGUGUAGGUAUCGUGUAGUGGUUGUAAUAGUUGUAGUGGUUGUAAAUAGUGGUGUAAUAGUGGUUUUAAAGUUAGUGGUGUAAUGGUUGUCUUGUUAGUGACAUCAGUGUGUGUCAUAGUGGUUGUAAUAGUGUUAUGGUUGUUGAAUAGUGGUGUAAUAUGUGUAAUUGUAGUGGUGUAAUAGGGUAGUGGUGUAAUAGUGUAGUGGGUAUAAGUGGUUUUAAUAGUGUAGUGGUUGUAAUUAGUGUGUUGUAUGUAAUAGUGUAAGUGGGUGUUGUAAGUGGGAUGUGUUUGGUAAUAGUGGUGUAAUAGUUGUAGUGGUGUAAUAGUAAUAGGAGAGCGGAGUCACUCCCACCUUCCGGAGACUAUUGAAACCCCACCUCUUUAAGGAAUACGGGGAUAGGAUAAAGUAAUCUUACUACCCCCCCCCCCACACCCCCCCCACCACCCCCCCCCAAAAAAAAAUGUGUAAAGUGCUUUUCCCACUGGUAUAGGGUGAAUGCACCAAUUUGUAAGUCGCUCUGGAUAAGAGCGUCUGCUUAAAUGACGUAAAUGUGCCCUUGAGCAAGGCACUUAACCCUUAAUGCCUCCCUGUAAGUCGCUCUGGAUAGAGCGUCUGCUAAAUGACUUAAAGUGUAUAGUGUAUAGUGGUUAUAGUGGUGUAAUAGUGGGUAUUGUAGUGUGUAAUAUGGUGUAUUGUAGGGUGAAUAUAGUGGUGAAUAGGGGUUUUAAUAGUGGUGUGUAAUAGUUAGUGUGUAUGUUGUAAUAGUGGUGUUUAAUAGUGUGAGUAGUGGUGUAAUAGGUUGCUGUAAUAGUGUAGUGGUGUAAUAGUGGUGUCAUAAGUGUAAAUGUGUAUAGUGUGGUGUAAUAAGUGGUUAGUGUAGUGGUGUAAUAGUGGGUGUAAUAGUGGUUGUGUGGUGUAAUAGGGUUGUAAUGGUGGUGUAAUAGUGUGUGUGUAAUAGUGGUGUAAUAGUGUAGUGGUGUAAUUGUAAUAGGUGUCAUAGUGAGUGGUGUAAUAGUGGUGUAUAGUGUAGUGGUUGUAAUAGUGGUGGUAAUAGUUGUAGUGGUGUGUAAAUAGUGGUGUAACAGUGUAGUGGUGUAAUAGUGGUGUAAUGUGUAGUGGUGUAAUGUGUGUACAUAGUGUAAAGUGGUGUAAUAUGGUGUAAUAGUGUAGUGGUUUAAUAGUGUAGUGGUUAAUAGUGUAGUGUGUAAUAGUGGUGUAAUUUGGUGGUGUAUAGUGGUUUGUAAUAUGUGUAGUGGGGUGUAAUGUGGGGUGUAAUGUGUAGUGGUGUAAUAGUGUGUUGUAGUGGUGUAAUAGUGUGGUAAGGUGGUUAUGUGGUGUAAUGGUGUGGUUUUUUAAUAGUGUAGUGGUGUAAUGUGUGUUAGUGGUAGUGGUUGAUGGGUAAAUGGUGUGUGUAAUAGUGGUGUAAUAGUGUAGUGGUGUAAUAGUGGUGUAAUAUGUAGUGGUGUAUGGGAAUAGUGGUGAAUAGUGUUAGUGGUUUUUUUAAUAGUGGUGUAAUAGUGUGUAGUGGGUUGUGGGUGUAAUAGUGGUGUAUGUGUAGUAAUAGUGGUUGUUGUGUUGUGGUGUAAUAGUGGUGUAAUAGUGUAGUGGUGUAUAGUGGUGUAAUGUGUAGUGGUGUAAUAGUGGUUGUAAUAGUUGUUAGUUUGGGGUUGUAAUAGUGGUGUAGUGGUUGUAAUAGUGGUGUAUAGUGGUGUAGUGGGGGUAAUAGUGGUGUACUAGUGUAGUGGUGUAUAGUGGUGUUAGUGGGUAGGGUGUAAUUAGUGUGUGUAGUGGUUGUAAUGUGUAGUGGGGUGUUUUAAUGUUGUAUGGUGUAAUAGUGGUGUUGUGAUAGUGGUGUAAGUAGUGGUUUUUAAUAGUGUGGAGGUGGUGUAGUUGUCAUAGUGUGUGUAAUAGUGUUUGUGUAAUGUGUGUGUAAUAGUGGUGUAGUGUAAUAGUGUAAUAGUGAGUGUUGUAAUAUGUUUAGUGGUGUAAUAGUAGUGGUGGGAAGUUUGUGGUGUUGUAGUGGUGUUUGUAAUGUAGUGGUGUAAUAGUUGUGUUGAAUAGUGGUGUAAUAGUGGUGUUGGUUGUAAUAUGGUGUGAGUGGUGUUAUGGUGUGUAUUGGUGGUGUAGGAGUUAGUGGUGUAAUGAGUGUGUAUAGGUGGUGUGUAAUGUGUGUAGGUGUUUUGUAAUAGGGUGUGUAAUAGUGUGUGUAAUAGUGGUGGUGUAUAGUGUGUAAUAGUGGUAGUGGUUGUAUAGGUGUGAGAGGGGGUAAUUAGUGGUGUGAAGUGGUUAUAGUGUAGUGGUGUAAUAGUGUAGUGGUGUAGUGUGGGAUGUAAGUGGUGAUAGGGUGAUAGUGGUGUGGGUUGUGUAAUAGUGUUGUGUAAUAAGUGGUGUAAUCGUUAUGGUGCUAAUAUUAGUGGUGUUUGUAAUAGUGUAUAGUGGUGUAAUCGUGUGUGAUAGUGGUGUUAGUGUAAUAGUGUUUUGUAUAUUUGUGGUGUAGUGGUGUGUAAGUAGUGUUUUAAUGUGGUGUGUUGUAUAUAGUGGUGUGUAAUAAUGUGGUGUUUGUCAAAUGGUGGUGUAAUAGUGGUGUUAGUGGUAGUUAGUGUUAGUGUGUAAUAGUGGUUGUAAUAGUUGGUGUAAUAGUGUGUUUGUGAGUUGUGUAGUGGGUGUAAUAGGGUUGGUAUGGGUGUAAUGUGAGGGUGGUAGUGUAGUGGUGUAAUAGUGGUGUUGGGUAACUGUAUAGUGGUGUAUGUUGUGGUGAUAGUGUGAUAGUGUGUAUGGGGGUAUAGUGCGUGUAAUAGUAGUGGUUGAUUGGUAAUGGCGUGUAUGUGGGUAGGCGGGUAAUAGUUGGCUUACUCGUGGUGUUGGUGGAAUAGUGGGUGGAGUAUUUUAAAAAAGAUGGUGUAUAAAUGGUUGUAAUUAAAGUGAGUGUUAAUAGCUGUAGUGGUGGUUAAUAGGGUGUAAUAAAGUGGUGUAAGGUAAUAGUGGUUAAUAGUGGUGUAAUAUUAGUGUGUAAUAGUGGUGUAAUAAUAGUGGUGUAAGUGUUGUAAUAUAAUAGUGGUGUAAUAGCUGGUUAAUUGUAGUGUAAUAGUGGUGUAAGUGGUGUAUUAUAGUGUAGUGGAAUGUUUUGUAAUAGUGUGUAAUAGUUUGUAAUAGUGGUUAAUAGUUGUAGUGGUGUAAACUAGUGCUUGUGGCUCAUAAGAUCCUGUUCGAAUCCAGGCUGUCAUGUGUAAUCCGCCGUGAUGGGAACCAUAGGGUGUGGCCAAUGCCCAGCGGUCCGGGUGAAUGCCGGCAGGAGUAGGGUCAUUGGUAUAGUGUUAAUGAGUGCGUUGAAUGAGGGUUGUGGGUAUAGUGGGAGUAUAUAGUGUAAUAAAAGAUGUAUGAUAAUAAUGUGUAUAGUGUGGUAAUAGUGUGUAAUGACUAAAUGUUAAAGUGGGAAUUAAUGUGUUUUAUAGGUGUAAUAGUGUAUUAUAAUAGUGUGUAAACGUGUGUAAUAUAUAGUGUAGAUAGGUGUGGUUAACUUAGGGUGAACUGUUAUGGGUGAGUUUUAUAGUGUCAGUGAGUAACAGGCUAAACAUGGAGUGCCAACUAAGUAUCUCCUCCGGUUGAUCAACUGCGUAACAAUUACCAUAGUGCGCGUUAGCAUUAGUGGUGAGUAAUAGGUUAGGGCGUUUCCGAACAAUUGGACCUAGUCUGGUGAAAGCAUUUGGGUAAUUAGUUGGUAGGUCUAAGAAUUUGUCAGGACUCACACUGCUACGUGCAUAGUUAUAAGCGUCUGAAAGAGAGACCCAGGUUAGAAAUAAAGUAACAUGUCUCUAACUUAUAUGUUAUCAUAAUGUAAUAACAGGUUGUACUUACUAAUAGUGUGUUUGUAGAACGUGUGUAAUUACUAAUAGUGUGUAGCAACGUGUGUAAUUACUAAUAGUGUGUAGCAACGUGUGUAAUUACUAAUAGUGUGUAGCAACGUGUGUAUUAACUAUAGUAACUGUUUAAUAGUGUGUAAUAAGUUUGUAAUAGUUUCUUCCGAGUUGGCGCAGUGGUCUAAGGCAGUGCUAACUGUGCCACUAGAGAUCCUGGUUCGAAUCCAGGCUCUGUCGUAGCCGGCCGUGACCGGGAGACCCAUGGGGCGGCGCGCAAUUGGCCCAGCGUCGUCCAGGGUAGGGGGAGGGAAUGGCCGGCAGGGGAUGUAGCUCAGUUGGUAGAGCAUGGCGUUUGCAAAGCCAGGGUUGUGGGUUCGAUUCCCACGUGGGGGGGCCAGUAUGAAAUAUAAAAAAAGAAUGUAUGCACUCACUAACUGUAAGUCGCUCUGGAUAAGAGCGUCUGCUAAAAUGACUAAAAUGUUUUUAAAAAAUGUAAAUAUAAAUGUGCUUAACGUUUUUAAUAACUGUAUAAUAAUAGUAUGUAAUAACGUGUGUAACAUCCCCUAGUGCCACUAUGCCAUAGAGGAGGACUCUGAGGGGGAUGCUGACUCGGAGGAGUUUUACUAUGGAGGUCAGGUAAGAGUCAAGACAGACACACACACACUAUGGAGGUCAGCCAAGCGUCAAGCCUCAUCUCCUCCUUAACAACUGCUGUAACAUAUUAACCAUUAGAUCGCCAGCGUUCAGCCCUCUCUUAGCUACGGUGGCAGUAGAUAUCCUAGGGCAGCUUUCCCAGACACAAAUUAAGCCUAGUCCUGGACUGAAAAGCACUUUGGGUAAUUAUUUUUAGUCCAGGUCAAGGCUUAAUCUGUGUCCAGGAAACCACCCCCUAGCUACAGUGGCAGUAAGUUUAACUCCUGAUAAAGAGUGACCCAGCAGCUCAGAAAUCAAAGCUCCAGACCUCCCCUGGCGUCUCCACCUGAUUUCUUGGCAGAUUUCCCUAAAGUAGUCCUUAGACUUAUCAUGUAUAAAGCUUUUUAUAUUUUCAGUCGGCUCACUCAGAAAGAGACCCGAGGCUCAUUCCUCAUUCCUCACUCCUCACUCCUCAUUCCUCAUCGUAGUGGGACGUUUCUAUCACCCAAAUGACUUUCCUAUAUACGGCUGUUCUGAUGAGCGAUGGCUGCCUCCCCCGUCUCCAGCUCUACAUCUCUCUCAUUCCUUCUCCUCCUACCUGUUGAUUUGGUGAACUUUGUUCGGCCUCUUGUGACAACGCGUCUGAAGUUUGUUUGAGUGAUUAGUCCCCGUGUAGCUCAGUUGGUAGAGCAUGGCGCUUGCAACGCCGGGGUUGUGGGUUCGUUUCCCACGGGGAACCAGUAUGAAAAUGUAUGCACUCACUAACUGUAAGUCGCUCUGGAUAAAAGCGUUCGGAACUUCCAUUCCUGUGGCAGUCCUCAUGAGAGCCAGUUUCAUCACAGUGCUUGAUGGUUUUUGCGACUGCACUUGAAGAAACUUUCAAAGUUCUUGAAAUGUUCCGGAUUGACUGACCUUCAUGUCUUAAAGUAAUGAUGGACUGUCGUUUCUCUUUGCUUAUUUGAGCUGCUCUUGCCAUAAUAUGGACUUGGUCUUUUACCAAAUAGAGCUACCUUGUCACAACACAACUGAUUGGCUGAAACGCAUUAAGAAGGAAAGAAAUUCCACAAAUUAACUGUUAAGAAGGCACACCUGUUAAUUGAAAUGCAUUCCAGGUGACUACCUCAUGAAGCUGGUUGAGAGAAUGCCAAGAGUGUGCAAAGCUGUCAUCAAGGCAAAGGGUGGCUACUUUGAAGAAUGUCAAAUAUAAAAUAAAUUUUCAUUUGUUUAACACUUUUUGGGUUACUACAUGAUUCCAUAUGUGUUAUUUCAUAGUUUUGAUGUCUUCACUAUCAUUCUACAAUGUAGAAAAUAGUAAAAAGAAAGAAAAACCCUCGAAUGAGUAGGUGUGUCUAAACUUUUGACUGGUAUUCACCGUAAUAUGGCCAUCUUCCUCUGACGGGUAUUGUGUGUGUAUAUGUACCCUGCGCUGGUGCUUUGGGAAAUGUCACGUCAGCAACACGUUAUAUAUGGGCCCUUCAAACGCUUCUAGAUAUAACACUCUGUAUUAACCUCCUAGAUUGGAGGACUAGUGUGUUUUAGGUGAAAUAAUGCUGAAGCUGUAGGACCUUGUUUCAUAUACAAGAUGGCCAUAUUACGGUAAGCAUUUCACUGGAAGGUCUACACCUGUUUUGUAUUCAGCGCAUGUGACAAAUACAAUUUGAUUUGAUGGUUGAUAUUCUUUGUAUCUUUGAGUAGACAGGGAUGUCAUUUAAGGAUUUUGGGCACUAGCCACCAUUUUUACUAGCCCAUUUGCAAACUGCCAUAGGAUAUUUGAAAAGACAAAAUGUCACUUGCCAGCGGGCUAGUUGGGUACGUUUUCUACUAGCCUGGUCUGAAAAGUACUAGCCUGGGGCUAGCUUAAUAUCGAUUAAUGGGAGUAGGCCAAAAUAAUGUUUACUUAAUGUCAGUAAGUAUACUGUAGUUAGUGUUUUCUUUAUCAAUAACAUAACAAAUGUUUUAAAUAGGGGUGUGCCGAUCUCGUCAUACCAGUAAUUGUAUGAUUCUACAACUUGAUUGGAGUCCACCUGUGGUAAAUUCAAUUGAUUGGACAUCAUUUGGAAAGGCAUACACCUGUCUAUAUAAGGUCCCACAGUUGACACUGCAUGUCAGAGCAAAAACCAAUCCAUGAGGUCGAGGGAAUUGUCCGUAGAGCUCCGAGACAGGAUUGUGUCAAGGCACAGAUCUACGGAAGGGUACCAACAAAUGUCUGCAGCAUUGAAGGUCCCCAAGAACACAGUGGCCUCCAUCAUUCUUAAAUGGAAGAAGUUUGGAACCACCAAGACUCUUCCUAGAGCUGGCCGCCCGGCCAAACUGAGCAAUUGGGGGAAAAGGGCCUUGGUCAGGGAGGUGACCAAGAACCCGAUGGUCACUCUGACAGAGCUCCAGAGUUCCUCUGUGGAGAUGGGAGAACCUUCCAGAAGGAUAACCAUCUCUGCAGCACUCCACCAAUCAGGCCUUUAUGGGAAGAGUGGCCAGAAGGAAGCCACUCCUCAGUAAAAGGCACAUGACAGCUCGCUUGGAGUUUGCCAAAAUGCACAUAAAGACUCUCAGACCAUGAGAAACAAGAUUCUCUGGUCUGUUGAAACCAAGAUUGAACUCUUUGGCCUGAAUGCCAAGCAUCACGUCUCGAGGAAACCUGGCACCAUCUCUACGGUGAAGCAUGGUGGUGGCAGCAUCAUGCUGUGGGGAUGUUUUUCGGCGGCAGGGACUGGGAGACUAGUCAGGAUCGAGGGAAAGAUGAACAGAGCAAAGUACAGAGAGAUCAGCCAGAGCCCGGAUUUGAACCCGAUCUAACAUCUCUGGAGAGACCUGAAAAUAGCUGUGCAGCGACGCUCCCCAUACAACCUGACAGAGCUUGAGAGGAUCUGCAGAGAAGAAUGGGAGAAACUCCCCAAAUACAGGUGUGCCAAGCUUGUAGCGUCACACCCAAGAAGACUCUAGGCUGUAAUCGCUGCCAAAGGUGCUUCAACAAAGUACUGAGUAAAGGGUCUGAAUACUUCUGUUUUUUAUUUUUAAUACAUUUGCAAAAAAAUUCUAAUGUUUCUAAUGAUCUGUCGCUCUGUAAACUGGGAGAGUAGACAUAAUAACAGCAAGCAAGCUUGGAUCAGGACAUAACGACAGACGUGGUCAGCAAUGGAAUGAUUAUACAGUAAGACAAAGUAAGUCUACUGAACAACGCCAAGUAGACUGACUAAAACAACCAUAUGGCCUCAGCCAAGUAGAGACUAAAACAACCAUAUGGCCUCAGCCAAGUAGAGACUAAAACAACUAUAUGGCCUCAGCCAAGUAGAGACUAAAACAACCAUAUGGCCUCAGCCAAGUAGAGACUAAAACAACCAUAUGGCCUCAGCCAAGUAGACUGACUAAAACAACCAUAUGGCCUCAGCCAAGUAGAGACUAAAACAACCAUAUGGCCUCAGCCAAGUAGACUGACUAAAACAACCAUAUGGCCUCAGCCAAGUAGAGACUAAAACAACCAUAUGGCCUCAGCCAAGUAGACUGACUAAAACAACCAUAUGGCCUCAGCCAAGUAGAGACUAAAACAACCAUAUGGCCUCAGCCAAGUAGAGACUAAAACAACCAUAUGGCCUCAGCCAAGUAGAGACUAAAACAACCAUAUGGCCUCAGCCAAGUAGACAGACUAAAACAACCAUAUGGCCUCAGCCAAGUAGAGACUAAAACAACCAUAUGGCCUCAGCCAAGUAGAGACUAAAACAACCAUAUGGCCUCAGCCAAGUAGACAGACUAAAACAACCAUAUGGCCUCAGCCAAGUAGAGACUAAAACAACCAUAUGGCCUCAGCCAAGUAGAGACUAAAACAACCAUAUGGCCUCAGCCAAGUAGACAGACUAAAACAACCAUAUGGCCUCAGCCAAGUAGAGACUAAAACAACAUAUGGCCUCAGCCAAGUAGAGACUAAAACAACCAUAUGGCCUCAGCCAAGUAGAGACUAAAACAACCAUAUGGCCUCAGCCAAGUAGACAGACUAAAACAACCAUAUGGCCUCAGCCAAGUAGAGACUAAAACAACCAUAUGGCCUCAGCCAAGUAGACUGACUAAAACAACCAUAUGGCCUCAGCCAAGUAGAGACUAAAACAACCAUAUGGCCUCAGCCAAGUAGAGACUAAAACAACCAUAUGGCCUCAGCCAAGUAGACCGACUCAAACAACCAUAUGGCCUCAGCCAAGUAGAGACUAAAACAACUAUAUGGCCUCAGCCAAGUAGAGACUAAAACAACCAUAUGGCCUCAACCAAGUAGAGACUAAAACAACCAUAUGGCCUCAGCCAAGUAGACUGACUAAAACAACCAUAUGGCCUCAGCCAAGUAGAGACUAAAACAACCAUAUGGCCUCAUCCAAGUAGUGACUAAAACAACCAUAUGGCCUCAGCCAAGUAGACCGACUAAAACAACCAUAUGGCCUCAGCCAAGUAGAGACUAAAACAACCAUAUGACCUCAGCCAAGUAGACAGACUAAAACAACCAUAUGGCCUCAGCCAAGUAGAGACUAAAACAACCAUAUGGCCUCAGCCAAGUAGAGACUAAAACAACCAUAUGGCCUCAGCCAAGUAGAGACUAAAACAACCAUAUGGCCUCAGCCAAGUAGACAGACUAAAAGAACCAUAUGGCCUCAGCCAAGUAGACAGACUAAAACAACCAUAUGGCCUCAACCAAGUAGAGACUAAAACAACUAUAUGGCCUCAACCAAGUAGAGACUAAAACAACCAUACGGCCUCAGCCAAGUAGAGACUAAAACAACCAUAUGGCCUCAGCCAAGUAGACCGACUAAAACAACCAUAUGGCCUCAGCCAAGUAGAGACUAAAACAACCAUAUGGCCUCAGCCAAGUAGAGACUAAAACAACUAUAUGGCCUCAGCCAAGUAGAGACUAAAACAACCAUAUGGCCUCAACCAAGUAGAGACUAAAACAACCAUAUGGCCUCAGCCAAGUAGACUAAAACAACCAUAUGGCCUCAGCCAAGUAGAGACUAAAACAACUAUAUGGCCUCAGCCAAGUAGAGACUAAAACAACCAUAUGGCCUCAACCAAGUAGAGACUAAAACAACCAUAUGGCCUCAGCCAAGUAGAGACUAAAACAACCAUAUGGCCUCAGUCAAGUAGAGACUAAAACAACCAUAUGGCCUGUCCGAGGGAGAGUGGCUUGUUCUAAUCCAAUCAACAGAUACCCCGCCUGUUUCUUUACAGACAGAAUAACUAGCCAAUAGUUGUUUACAGCACACAGCUCUUCACACUGUUUUAGUGAAAGAGAGAUGUGUGCUGGCAGCUGAAAAAUGUAUUUUUUUUUCCGAUCACGCAGAAUUCCAAAAAAUACUUGUCGUAAUCGUAAUUUGUAACAUUCUCCAUAUCCGUUACGAUACUCGUUUUGUCUGAGUACUCUACACACCCCCUAGAGUUAAAGCAAAAAUGUAUGAUGCAGUAACUCCACUAUUGUCUUGAGUGUGUCUGGACAGCUGUAGGGGACUUAAUGUUUAAUGUCUGGACAGCCGUAGGGGACCUAUUUAUCUGACCUUCAUUAAUCUGCACACAAUGUUUAAAAGUGGUUAGAAGUCCAAAACUCACCAGCGAUACGGUGGGACUCAUUUGGUUAAUGUGUCCGGACAGCUGUAGGGUGAAUUUGUUCAUUAAUGUUCCAGUAAAAAAAUUGGAUUUCAUUUUGCUCUUCCCAGAAAUUGAACCGGCCAAUGAAACAGAAUAAGAGAUGACACCUUGGGGAGGUAGCUGGUUGUUUAUAUUGGAUGCGUCCCAAAUGGCACCCUGUUCCCUAUAUAGUGCACUACUUUAGACCAGAGAAUGGCACCCUAUUCCCUAUAUAGUGCACUACUUUAGACCAGAGAAUGGCACCCUAUUCCCUAUAUAGUGCACUACUUUAGACCAGAGAAUGGCACCCUGUUCCCUAUAUAGUGCACUACUUUAGACCAGAGAAUGGCACCCUAUUCCCUAUAUAGUGCACUACUUUAGACCAGAGAAUGGCACCCUAUUCCCUAUAUAGUGCACUACUUUAGACCAGAGAAUGGCACCCUAUUCCCUAUAUAGUGCACUACUUUAGACCAGAGAAUGGCACCCUAUUCCCUAUGUAGUGCACUACUUUAGACCAGAGAAUGGCACCCUAUUCCCUAUAUAGUGCACUACUUUAGACCAGAGAAUGGCACCCUAUUCCCUAUAUAGUGCACUACUUUAGACCAGAGAAUGGCACCCUAUUCCCUAUGUAGUGCACUACUUUAGACCAGAGAAUGGCACCCUAUUCCCUAUAUAGUGCACUACUUUAGACCAGAGAAUGGCACCCUAUUCCCUAUAUAGUGCACUACUUUAGACCAGAGAAUGGCACCCUAUUCCCUAUAUAGUGCACUACUCUAGACCAGAGAAUGGCACCCUAUUCCCUAUAUAGUGCACUACUUUAGACCAGAGAAUGGCACCCUAGUCCCUAUAUAGUGCACUACUUUAGACCAGAGAAUGGCACCCUAUUCCCUAUAUAGUGCACUACUCUAGACCAGAGAAUGGCACCCUAUUCCCUAUAUAGUGCACUACUCUAGACCAGAGAAUGGCACCCUAUUCCCUAUAUAGUGCACUACUUUAGACCAGAGAAUGGCACCCUAUUCCCUAUAUAGUGCACUACUUUAGACCAGAGAAUGGCACCCUAUUCCCUAUAUAGUGCACUACUUUAGACCAGAGAAUGGCACCCUAUUCCCUAUAUAGUGCACUACUUUAGACCAGAGAAUGGCACCCUAUUCCCUAUAUAGUGCACUACUUUAGACCAGAGAAUGGCACCCUAUUCCCUAUGUAGUGCACUCCUUUAGACCAGAGAAUGGCACCCUAUUCCCUAUAUAGUGCACUACUUUAGACCAGAGAAUGGCACCCUAUUCCCUAUAUAGUGCACUACUUUAGACCAGAGAAUGGCACCCUAUUCCCUAUAUAGUGCACUACUUUAGACCAGAGAAUGGCACCCUAUUCCCUAUGUAGUGCACUACUUUUUUUUUUUUUUACUAUUCUGGUCAAACGUAGUGCACUAUAUAGGGAAUAGGGGUGCCAAUCUCUGGUCUAAAGUAGUGCACUAUAUAGGGAAUAGGGUGCCAUUAUCUGGUCUAAAGUAGUGCACUAUAUAGGGAAUAGGGUGCCAUUUGGGACACAGGCCCACCAAGUCUCCUUCUCUUCUCAGUGAAACUCAUUUGUUCUCUGUGAGUAUUUGGAACGUUCAGAUUAAAGCAUACCCACUGGGCACAGAUGGCAUUUCAAUGUCUAGCUUUGAUAACAUUUUGGUUGAAUUCAACGUGAAAUUAACAAAGAAAAAAAUCACCAUGUCAUUGGAUUUAGGUUAAAGGUUGGGUGAAAAAAAAAAAUGAAAUUCCUUUACGUUGAUUUACUUUUUGCAAAUCCAAUCAGUUUUUCACGUUGAUUCAACGUCAUCACAUUGAAUGUAUUUGUUGAAAUGACGUGGAAACAAUGUUGAUUCAAUCAGUUUCGCCCAGUGUGUAUACUGUAGGGCAAACCCGUUUAUUGUUCUGCUGUGUUUUUGGUCUUGUCUGACAAAAGCACAAAAUGUCCUUGGCAGCUGAUUUGUCGUGUUUUGGGUCUCUCUAGAGAUCUGGCCAAUCAUUACAGUUUAGUGGAGGGGAGGGAAAAGGGACCACGGUUAAAGCAGUCCUUUCAGGUCUCCCCUCUGAGCCAGGUUCCUCUCUCGGUAUCGUUCUUCUAGGGAGUUUUUGCCGGGUCACUGUGCCUGUGAUUCUGCUUGCUCUUUGGGGUCUAAGCUACUGUGAAGAGGUGCUGCUGAUGGGAGAAAAAAAAUAUUUAAAACACGUUUCAUUGAUUUAUUGACGUCUCUCUCUGAUAGGUGAACUCUGAUGGCGAGCUCCACAAGCACCCCCAGUUGGAGGCGGACCUGGCGGCGGUCCGGGAGAUGUACGGACAUCACGCAGUAUCUCUCAGGUAAUAAUAAUAUACAGCGCCUUCGGAAAGUAUUCAGACCCCUUGACUUUUUCCACAUGUUACGUAACAUGCCUUAUUCUAAAAUGGUUCAAAUAAAAAAUGUUUUCUCAUCAAUCUACACACAAUACCCCAUAAUGACAAAAAGCGAAAACAGGUUUUUAGAUUGUUUUGCAAAUUUAUACAAAAUUAAAAACAAAUGCAUAUUUUACAUAGGUGUUCAGACCCUUUGCUAUGAGACUUGAAAUUGAGCUCUGGUGCAUCCUGUUUCCAUUGAUCAUCCUUGAGAUGUUUCUACAACUUGAUUGGAGUCCACCUGUGGUAAAUUCAAUUGAUUGGACAUGAUUUGGAAAGGCACACACCUGUCUAUAUAAGGUCCCACAGUUGACAGUGCAUGUUAGACCAAAAACCAAUCCAUGAGGUCGAAGGAAUAAUCCGUAGAGCUCCGAGACAGGACUGUCGAGGCACAGAUCUGGGGAAGGGUACCAAAACAUUUCUGCAGCAUUGAAGGUUCCCAAGAACACAGUGGCCUCCAUCAUUCUUCAAUGGAAGAAGUUUGGAACCACCAAGACCCUUCUUAGAGCUGUCCCCCCGGCCAAACUGAGCAAUCGGGGGAGAAGGGCCUUGGUCAGGGAGGUGACCAAGAACCCGAUGGUCACUCUGACAGAGAUCCAGAGUUCCUCUGUGGAGAUGGGAGAACCUUCCAGAAGGACAACCAUCUCUGCAGCACUCCACCAAUCAGGCCUUUAUGGUAGAAUGGCCAGAUGGAAGCCACUCCUCAGUAAAAGGCACAUGACAGCCCGCUUGGAGUUUGCCAAAAGGCACCUAAAGGACUCUCAGACCAUGAGAAACAAGAUUCUCUGGUCUGAUGAAACGUCACGUCUGGAGGAAACCUGGCACCAUCCCUACGGUGAAGCAUGGGGGUGGGGGGGGGGUUGCACCAUUCUAUGUUGAGAAUAAGAUAUGAAAGGGUAGCUGUGCUGAAUAAUGCAUGUUCAUUGUAAUGCUGAUAUACAACUUCAAACAUGUUUUCAAGAUGAAACGGCUCUCGAUCAACAUCUUUGUUACAGACAUUUCAAAGUAGCCAAGAGACAAUGCAGAAAAUAUCAAAGUAUAGCUUUGGUUGAAAUAAUCUGCACGUUGACUCUGAUUUGAUUAGAAAAUAUGCAAUAUGUUCAUCUUUCUAAUCUAUUGUAGGGAAUAUGGUGCCAUUGACGAUGUGGACAUUGAUCUCCACAUCGACGUCAGUUUCCUAGAUGUAAGUAUUAUUAGUAUUAUUAGUAUUAUAGUAUUAUUAGUAUUAUUAGUAUUAUAGUAUUAUUAGUAUUAUUAGUAUUAUAGUAUUAUUAGUAUUACCUUCUAAUUGGUAUCUGCUAAAUGACUAACAUGUAAAUGUAAUUACCAUUCCUUCCAUUUUGUUGCUUUUCAUUUAGUCGUUUUGAUCUGAUAUAUCUGAUGAGCCGAACACUUGCAUAUCAGAUUUAUUUGACAAUUGAAAAAUACAAUUCAGGCACACAAGUGUAUUGACUGCAUUUAACCUUGUAGGUCUACACCCUAACCUAACAUGGUUUAGCGGAUUGACUCCAUUUAAUAUCAUUGAAUAUGUCAACAGGAUGUAAAAAAAAAAAAUAGACCCGUUUAUGAUCUUCAUUGUUCUUAUGUCAUUUUUUUAUUUUUUGGGGGGUCAUCAGGAGGAAAUAGCCCUAGCGUGGGACGUGAUCCGGAGGGAGCCGGUGAUCGUGCGUCUCCACUGCUCUCUGACACAGUACCUGAACGGACCGGUCCCCACAGUGGAUGUGUUCCAGACGUCCACUAAAGACCGGUUUGGACUGGGACAUCAGAUGAAGAAGUAAGUAUCUCCUGAGUGGCGCAGUGGUCUAAGGCGCCGCAUCGCAGUGCUAACUGUGCCACUAGAGAUCCUGUUUCGAAUCCAGGCUCUGUCGCAGCCGGCCGCGACCGGGAGACUCAUGGGCGGCGCACAAUUGGCCCAGCGUCGUCCAGGGUUGGGGAGGGAAUGGCCGGCAGGGAUGUAGCUCAGUUGAUAGAGCAUGGCGUUUGCAACGCCAGGGUUGUGGGUUCGAUUCCCACGGGGGGCCAGUAUAAAAAAAUAAUAUAUAUAAAAUAUGUAUUCACUAACUGUAAGUCGCUCUGGAUAAGAGCGUCUGCUAAAUGACUAAAAUGUAAAAUGUAAAUGUAAGUGACAGAUGGUUCUAAUAUCACAAGCACCUUUCAACACUACAGAAUGAAUACUUAUGUAAAUAAUGUAUUUCUGUUAUUUUUAAUACAUUUACAAACGUUUCUAAAAACCUGUUUUCGCUUUGUCAUUAUGGGGUAUUUUGUGUAGAUUGCUGAGGAUUUAAAAAAAUGUAAUCCAUUUUAGAAUAAGGCUGUAACGUAACAAAAUGUGGAAAAAGUCAAGGGGUCUGAAUACUUUCCGAAGGCACUGUAGGUGGCAACCUUUCACCGCAGAUGCGGAAGUGCGACACUGGCGGAUGUGGUGGAUUGAGACGCAUCCAAUGCAAAAAAACACGUCUGUAGCUUAAAUUGCUGGAUUUUAAUGGGGAUUUUUUUUGUUAUGUAACUUAGAUUGACGCAAUCGUGGUCCUCUGUAGCUCAGCUGGUAGAGCACGGCGCUUGUAACGCCAAGGUAGUGGGUUCGAUCCCCGGGACCACCCCAUACACAAAAAAAUUUAUGCACGCAUGACUGUAAGUCGCUUUGGAUAAAAGCGUCUGCUAAAUGGCAUAUUAUUAUUAUUAUUAUUAUUAUUAUUAUUAUUAUUAUUAUUAUUAUUAUCAAUUGACUCUAGUGGGUUUUAAUAGAUACAAUGAUUUUUCUACAACUAGAUACAAUUCUCAGUUAGUAGUUAACAUUAGAGCAGACAAGGUAAUGUCAGUCUUUUGAAGGUCAUUAGCCGAAUCUGUUGAAUUGUGGAUCCCUUCGUUGGGUAACACGUUUGUUUCUUCUCUCUCACAAAGAUAACGUAGACGUUACAUCCUUUUUCCUCUCUUCAGGAUAAUGCAGACGUUUGUCACCCAGCAGUGGAAACACCAAAGUAAAGAGAAGCUCAACUGCCCUCACAACAAAAACAAGGGUGACAAGAAGGUCAAGUCUCCCCUCCACAUCUUCUCAACGCUCCGCAGGUCAGAGAGACAUCAUAACGCUGACAUUUGAUGUCUUAACAGAAUGAUUGAUAUGAACCAGUCUGUCACUAUAUUUUAAACUACAGACGUUUCUUGUCCCUUACCACAUAGGCACUUUCUGUAUCUGAAAGGAUCAGAUAGGUAUGAUAUGGUAGUAUCUCCACCUUGCUCUCUGAUUGGUUAGGCAGAAUUGAGCCUGAGUUUACUCUUUCCGUUCCCAUCAUUUGGACAAUAAAGUUAUCUUCAUCUUCAGAUCUCCCAGCUACCCGCCUCCCGGCUGCGUCAAGAGCAAGAAGAAGCUGAAGCCAGAACAAGAUGGCGUCUCUAAAUCCCACCGCCUUCUCCGCCGGACGUGCACCAGCACCGUCAAACAGCAGGUCGAGGCGGACGGCUGCGACCCCGCGGUCCCUGGGACCAAGACCACCCACCGUCUCCUGGGCCAUUCCCUGUCCAGCGGAGACCCCCGUAUGGACCACGGAGGAGGGCCCGGCCCCGGACCACUGCCUCUCAAACCCCACCGCCUGGGCAGGCCCUGCACGGCUGUGGUCAAACCAGAGGACCUCCGCCCCGCUCCCCACAAGCUCCUGCCUCGCUCGUGCUCCGGCGACCCCCGCUGUGAGCACGCGGGGGUGGGAGGAAGUGGGAUGGGCCUGGGUGGUGGAGGGAGUGUAGGUAGUCUUGGGGGAGGUGGUGGUGGGAUGGGCGAGGGUAGUGGUGGUGGUGGUGGUGGGGGUAGUCUCGGUGGAGGUAGUCUCGGGGGAUGUUUGAAGCACCACAGGCUGCUCAGUAGGUCGUGCUCUGGUUCUAUCAGGACGGAGGAGCUGGAUGGACUGAAACACCACCACCUGCUCAGCAGGUAAGAUGAGAGAACAUAUUAACAUAACAUAGUACUUUAUUAGUCCCCGAAGAAAGGAACAUUUGUUUGCACCAGAUGAUACAUAAAUACACAACAACAAACACUAAAAGCAGCACCUCAUGUGACGGCAUGUUACUGCAGGUCCUAAUACCUCAUCAAUACAUGUGACUCCAUGUUACUGCAGGUCCUAAUACCUCAUCAAUACAUGUGACUCCAUGUUACUGCAGGUCCUAAUACCUCAUCAAUACAUGUGACUCCAUGUUACUGCAGGUCCUACUACCUCAUCAAUACAUGUGACUCCAUGUUACUGCAGGUCCUAAUACCUCAUCAGUACAUGUGACUCCAUGUUACUGCAGGUCCUAAUACCUCAUCAAUACAUGUGACUCCAUGUUACUGCAGGUCCUAAUACCUCAUCAAUACAUGUGACUCCAUGUUACUGCAGGUCCUACUACCUCAUCAAUUCAUGUGACUCCAUGUUACUGCAGGUCCUAAUACCUCAUCAGUACAUGUGACUCCAUGUUACUGCAGGUCCUAAUACCUCAUCAAUACAUGUGACUCCAUGUUACUGCAGGUCCUAAUACCUCAUCAAUUCAUGUGACUCCAUGUUACUGCAGGUUGUAAUACCUCAUCAAUGCAUGUGACUCCAUGUUACUGCAGGUCCUACUCCAGCAGUACCAAGAUGGGCAAGGCUGUGGACAUCUUCAAGGACUCUGUGGCUCCGUCCGAGGGGAGGCGGCUCUCUCUUACCUCAGGGCUCAUCGGGAUCCUCGCCCCUUCGCUCGCCACACCACCGCCGGUCAGUAAGGUUGCUUGUGAUUGGUUGAUCCAAAAGGCAUCCUCUCAUGAUUGGUUGAUCUUGAUUUGUCAUUAGAAACAUGGAUUGUUGAACUUUUUGGAUCACAGGCAGGUAACAAACUUCCCUCUCUUCCUUUACAGCCAAACAAUGGGGCCAAGUCCAUACCGAUAAAAGACAGAGGUUUCCUUGUCCAGGUAAAUGCUCCCUGAAUCACACCUAAGCUCUUCUAUCAAUAAUAUGUUUAACACUUUACUUCAAGAAAAUGUGUACAUGUAUAAGGAGUUGAUACGUGUUAUAAGCAUAUAUGAGCAUUUCCUAAUGUCUUCUGCCUUCAGACCAUGGAGUAUGCUGAGCAGAGGACUCCGGUCCUGAAUGAGUUCUGUGUGGUGUGUGACGAACCACAUGUGUUCCAGAACGGACCCAUGCUCAGAGUGAGUACUGUACACACACACACACACACACACGCACACACAUACUAACACACAGUACAAGAUUUGUAAAAACAGAGCAAUAUUCAGUUUAGCCCAUACAGCUAAAUGUAACCAGACCCUGUAAGGUUUUAAAGCAUGAUGUGAUGUUGGCACCAGCCAGAGGAGUACUCAGCCUCUAUAUCUACAGUAGGUUAUUGGUACCAGCCAGAGGAGUACUCAGUCUCUAUAUCUACAGUAGGUUAUUGGUACCAGCCAGAGGAGUACUCAGCCUAUAUAUCUACAGUAGGUUAUUGGUACCAGCCAGAGGAGUACUCAGCCUCUAUAUCUACAGUAGGUUAUUGGUACCAGCCAGAGGAGUACUCAGCCUCUAUAUCUACAGUAGGUUAUUGGUACCAGCCAGAGGAGUACUCAGUCUCUAUAUCUACAGUAGGUUAUUGGUACCAGCCAGAGGAGUACUCAGUCUCUAUAUCUACAGUAGGUUAUUGGUAACAGCCAGAGGAGUACUCAGCCUCUAUAUCUACAGUAGGUUAUUGGUACCAGCCAGAGGAGUACUCAGUCUCUAUAUCCACAGUAUGUUAUUGGUACCAGCCAGAGGAGUACUCAGCCUCUAUAUCUACAGUAGGUUAUUGGUACCAGCCAGAGGAGUACUCAGCCUCUAUAUCUACAGUAGGUUAUUGGUACCAGCCAGAGGAGUACUCAGCCUCUAUAUCUACAGUAGGUUAUUGGUACCAGCCAGAGGAGUACUCAGUCUCUAUAUCCACAGUAUGUUAUUGGUACCAGCCAGAGGAGUACUCAGCCUCUAUAUCUACAGUAGGUUAUUGGUACCAGCCAGAGGAGUACUCAGCCUCUAUCUACAGUAGGUUAUUGGUACCAGCCAGAGGAGUACUCAGCCUCUAUCUACAGUAGGUUAUUGGUACCAGCCAGAGGAGUACUCAGCCUCUAUAUCUGCAGUAGGUUAUUGGUACCAGCCAGAGGAGUACUCAGCCUCUAUAUCUACAGUAGGUUAUUGGUACCAGCCAGAGGAGUACUCAGUCUCUAUAUCUACAGUAGGUUAUUGGUACCAGCCAGAGGAGUACUCAGCCUCUAUAUCUACAGUAGGUUAUUGGUACCAGCCAGAGGAGUACUCAGCAUCUAUAUCUACAGUAGGUUAUUGGUACCAGCCAGAGGAGUACUCAGUCUCUAUAUCUACAGUAGGUUAUUGGUACCAGCCAGAGGAGUACUCAGCCUCUAUAUCUACAGUAGGUUAUUGGUACCAGCCAGAGGAGUACUCAGCCUCUAUAUCUACAGUAUAGUUAUUGGUACCAGCCAGAGGAGUGUAUGGGUGGUCCUCUGUAGCUCAGCUGGUAGAGCACGGCGCUUGUAACGCCAAGGUAGUGGGUUCGAUCCCCGGGACCACCCAUACACAAAAAAAAUGUAUGCACGCAUGACUGUAAGUCGCUUUGGAUAAAAGCGUCUGCUAAAUGGCAUAUUAUUAUAUCUACAGUAGGUUAUUGGUACCAGCCAGAGGAGUACUCAGUCUCUACACCUCCAGUAGGUUAUUGGUACCAGCCAGAGGAGUACUCAGCAUCUAUAUCUACAGUAGGUUAUUGGUACCAGCCAGAGGAGUACUCAGUCUCUAUAUCUACAGUAGGUUAUUGGUACCAGCCAGAGGAGUACUCAGCCUCUAUAUCUACAGUAGGUUAUUGGUACCAGCCAGAGGAGUACUCAGUCUCUAUAUC